CUCACAACUUUGCAACUUCUUGCUGUUUAUUGAUGAUUUUCCAGCCAUAGGUCUCUUCUCAUUCCCCUUUAGAGUCUGUGUUUUAGCUUUUGACCCCGAUGCAGCAACUGUUGAUGAUUGUUUUCUUGUGGAAACAACAUUUCUAGUUGGUGGAGGGUGUUUCACAGCCACUGUUUUAGACUUGCCAGCAGGUACUUUGGCGGUAACAGUCUUCUCUCCCCUUGCAGCUCGUUUAGAUGGAGGAAGAACAUGUUCUUCCUCGAGCUGUGCCACGUGAGCGGUUCGCUUUUUGCCAACUCCAGAUCUCGCUGGCAAAAGAGAAGGCCUGGGAAUAUUUGAGGCCGCCAGUGGUUUCUUCUGCAGUAGGUUCCAUGCUGUGAAGAUGUGGUCUGAGAGUCAGUCAGCAAAUCGCUAGUAAGUGUGUGCGUGUUUUCCCGCCUUUUCCUUACAAACACGCAUGCGCAAAGUAGCAGAAGGCGAUCCUCCUGCUGCUCUGGUCUCUGUGCUGUCUAGUCUCCCCACCAUCUCGCUAACACGUCUGCAGCCGGCCUAGGGCGACGGCGCGCAAAAGGCAUGUGCGCUGAUUUUGACUUCUUAUCCCCUGCCCAGCGAAGUUGCAUCAAUCUUGGCAAGACCGAACCAUGUGUCAGGAAAGCCGUUCAGGUGCUAAAAAGGCUAAAGAAUCAGCUUCAGCACAACAUGGGGUAUGGGGAAGUGGAACGAACCUUUCUGUCAGCUGACAGACCCAGCAAACCCAUGCACUUGGAGGGUCUGUGCAUUGAAGGUAGGGCAACAGGCUCUCAGAGAUCAUAUGAGGAUGACAUGAGAAGUGAUUUGGAUUGGAACGGAGUGAUAAAGGGAGUCCUCGACCUGGUUUUAAGGAUGGAGACAGACAGACAAGGAACUUUAAAUAGAUUGUCUGAAGAAAAAGAAAAAGUGCAUUACUUGAGCCAGAAACUUGAUGUAGAAGCCAAAAGACGAUUGUGUUCAUUAGAGAGUGCAGUUCAAAGUGAUUCUAAGCACUCACAAAUGAAGAAAGAAGAAGCGGAACUUACACAUAACAGUUCGUUGCUUGAGGAGAAGAUAAGUGAUGAAAAACAAAAAAUUGAUCAUAUUAAACAACUUUAUAAAGAGACUUCAGAAAAAGUGGUCUUAGCAAAAAAAGCUCUGAUGGAAGUGGAGGACAAAUUGCUUUUAUCCCAAAAGAAAGAAGAUGCUGAAGGCAGGGAGAGAGCACGUAAACUUGGUUCUGCUAGGAGACGAAUACAAACAGCAAGAGACGAAGUAAAAGACGCAGAAGAAAGAAACGAAAUGCUGCAAACUAAGGUGCUUAGGUUCCAGCGUGAUAUUGAGGAAGCAAAUAAAAAAGAACUAGAGUGUGAGGCUUGUGCUUCGAAGAACAUCUCAGAUUUUAAAGGCAUCCAUACUGAAGUAUGAUGAUAUAUUGUAUGUACAUCUCCUAUUCCACGCACUGUACGUUCGCCAUUAGGCCUACCGUUCUGUGUUAUCUGUGCUAAGCUCUUUGGGUCAACUGGAUUAAUAUCCAGUGACCUGCGCAUACACUAACCAUUCACGACAGCAAGCAAAGAGCAUAUAAUCUGUGCAUCAAGGAACAAAUUAAAAAUUUGUUUAGCAGGCCUGGCUUCUUUCACGCGAUUAAGCAUCGGUUUAGCCGUAAAGUGGCACUAGGUGUAAUCGCUGAUGUUUAUGAUGGAGCAUUGUACAGUGCUCUUUCUAGAUCUGGAGAGUUUCUCAGCUCAGUAUGUAAUAUUUCCUUUCAAUGGAACACUGAUGGAGUGCCUCUCUUCAGGUCAUCAUCUUAUUCAAUGUGGCCUAUGUAUUUCAAAAUAAAUGAACUACCGCAGAGGAUGCGAAAUGGGCUUAAUACUUGCUGGAGUAUGGUUUGGGACCACAAAACCAUCUGUAAAUACAUUUUGAAAGAAAUAUUUGAAGAAGGUGUUCAGGUUCAUCCACCUGAACUUUCAUCGCCAUUCAUGUGUAAGGCAAUAGUGUUAACUGGAACAUGUGACCUGCCCGCAAAAUGAAUGUCAUUAAACAUGGUUGGUCACAAUGGCUUUUACGCAUGCCCUUAUUGUGAGCAACCUGGCAAAACCUUAUCGUUAGGGAGUGGUGGUCAUGUGCACAUAUAUCCGUAUGUAUGCGAAAAUCCGACAGGCCCUUUAAGAACAGCAAAAAAAUUUGAGAAAUGUUCCAGGGAAAGUUACAGAAGUGGGGAUAAGAAGGAGAUAGCAAUUUUCUAUUGGCAUCAGCUAUUUUUUUGGAGCAAGACCACAGUUGAAGGUGAUGGCUGCUGUCGAACCAAAGAUUGAUAAGUAGUCGUACAAUAUUAAGCAACACACAGUGCAUAUAGUCAAUUCCUACACCAUCAACUAUAUUGAAAUGCCAUAGUGUCUGCAGACAAGAGCCAGGUGGAUUUAUUCCCUCCCAUCCACAAUUACGUGUACGCCACGAAGCUUAACUGAACGGAAAUACUGGAAGGCGUCAGAAUAUCGUGCCUUUUUAUUUUAUUAUUCUCUGCCCGUUAUGAUGGGUUUAUUACCUACGGAAUAUUUUGAGCACUUUAGCCUUCUUUGCCACGGAAUAUAUAUAUAUUAAACUCUACUACUAUAUCUACUUCCGAUUUGAAUAAAGCCAAUAAACUACUUCAUCGGUUCUACUAUCUAUUUGCUUCUCUCUAUAGCGAACGAUACUUGACACUGAACCUGCAUCAACUUGUACACCUUACGCACAAUGUUCGAAAUUUGGGUCCUCUUCAUACAUUUUCUUGUUUUGACCAUGAGGACACAAAUGGCCUCUUGGUUAAAAUGGUUCAUUCAACUCAUCGAGUAGACUUACAACUUAAACCUACAAAUACAUUUACUUCACUUCAAAGUAUAUGCACCCUGGCGCAACACAGGAGUGUUCAGGUGGAAUAUCUUAAUGAUAUUAUACAUUCUCCUCCAUUGAACAAUGGAAUAGAAUUAUUUAGUCCAGUUGGGGAGACACCAAUUGACCCAUUAGUGGCUCAACUUUUUGAGCAUUACACAUCAUCACCUAUUAACAGAAUUCUUAAAUACAAUAGGUUAAAAAUAAUGUCGUGUACCACUCCGUUCAUUAUGAAAGGCCCAAAAAAUCAACAACGCUGUCAUUUCAUAUAAUAUAAGUUCGUCAAAGGAUACUUUUGGUUUUAUAUCAUAUUUCACUUGUGUUAAUCAUAAAUACUAUGCCAUAGUUCAACAGUUGAUCAAUGUACGUCCCAUUGGUUCUGUACAUCAUGUAUUUGCUUGUAAUAAAGAAGUUCUGGGCCCUAUUGUUAUUGUACCCAUAGAUGCAAUCAUUAGUACGGUUGUAUUUAUGUCAUUUAGUGACACAGAUGAUGUGUAUGUCGCCAAAUUUCCUAAUUGUAUUGAUAAAAACUGUUCAAAUAAUCACAGUAAUCGCAUUCUUAUGGAUAUGUAUACAUUGGCAAGUUCCCUAAUGAUAUUG